ACGUGACAUUCUCACGUCAAAACACGUGCACCACGUGCAACUCCAGAGGUGGCAGAAAUGGCUGUUUUUUCUGAGGCUUUGGCGCUCCUGGUUUUUCUGACCACGGCUUUAUCACAACGUCCCCCGGAUGCACAGGUGCCAAAGGAUUACAUCAUCGAUGUUAAACAGGAAUGUGGUGAAGAGGGCACCCAGACCACAGUCUGUGUGAUGACCGACCUCAACGUGUUUAUUCAACUGGAGUGCAAGGGAGGCUACCUGUAUAACUUCACAUCGGUCGACCGCGUCAAACACUGUUCUAUCGCGCACUUCACCGGCGACGAGACCAAGACAUGUGUUUAUCCGAAACGUCACGACUUGAGGCUGUACUGUGUAAAAGUUCUGGUCAACGUUGUUGGCAAGGAAGGCUCCUCGGUCGGCAUCAACCGGAUGAUCCGCUACACCAUGACCUGCACCUAUGACGAGAACGGGGACCAAGUAUCCGGUAACAGUUCCAUAGUUGAGCAGUACCAUGCACCGAACGCUGUCAACGGGCACGCGGGCAAGGAGACGGCGAAGGGGGUGACUAUUCUGCUCACUGACAUUCGGGGUGUCCCCCUCAAAAGCGGAAUUCCGAUAGACAAAACUGUGUGUCUGAAGGUCUUACUAGACAACAGCACUGGAUUAUUGUUGGACUCCACGCCCAUCAGCCUGUUUCCCGUGUCGUGUGAAGCUAUAGGGACUACAACGGGGCACAGACACGCCAUUGUCCGAGCUGGAUGUGGAGACGGCAUCAUCAUCAAUAAGACAAAGGGUUUUUCUAUGAUGCCCCGGGUUGCACUCAGCCCAUACUUCAAGUUCUUCGCGUUAGAGAAUGACAGCAGUUUCCGUAUAAUGUGCAACUUUACUCUGUGCUCAAACUGCGUAGGAAAGAACUCUUGCAGUGGCACAGCAGCCAAUCCGAGAAGCAUAUUCAAGCUGUUUGGGAAGUGGAUUGAAGCUGGCAAUAGAAUGAGAAGGGAAGCUCCCGUGGAGAACGCAUACCCGGGUCUGACCGUGCUUGCCGAGGAAGAUUUCCAGAUUGCAAAUGACGGGAAACAUGAUAGUAAAACCGACACUGACAGAAACACAUAGUCGACGACGGCCUGUAAAAAAAUAACUGCCAAUAAAAGAUCGAACUAUU